UUUAUCGACGCUAAAAUUGCAUGUUCGUGAAAGGGAAUUUCGGACUCCGUGGUUUGGACCCCCUGCUUUGGUUCCCCUUGGAGACAAGUUGUCUAUCUAUACGAGUUUACAGUCAAAGCCACAGUCGAAGGAUCUGCACCAUCUGUGCACUUUUUAGCUGAACUGGUUACACUAAUUCAGCGUUUACCUUCCUCUUUCCAAUGCAGAGGGAAGAAGAUAAACUGUGAACUAGCGCAGCCAGUUUAGCCAAAAAGAACAGACGGAGUAGAUGUAUCGAUGUACGAAUAUUUAGAUACGUUUCGAGCCGAGAAGAAACUUCACUCGUGUUCCCGGCUUGUAAACAUUACCCCCUUUUUAACUUUUUAUAACCACGCCGUCUUAUUUUCAUCUGACAAGCAACACGCCAGCCGCAAUUGUCGAGCGAAGAAGCCGUCGAGUUCAGUCGCUGAAAAUUCACACAAAAAUGGAUUUGCAAUACAAAACGAUCCAUCCUGUGAAAUAUCUGCACGAUCACCUCGAGCAAGACAUACGGACGGACGGCCGAAAGUUCUUGUCGUUUCGCCCGGUGAGCGUAAACGUCUCGUCGAUCGUGCAAGCGGACAGCUCGGCGAUAUUCAAAUUGGGCGACACAACUGUGGUCUGCGGUAUUAAGGCUGAAUUUGCGACGCCAAAGGCGGAUACUCCAGAUCGCGGCUACGUGGUACCGAACGUGGAACUGUCCCCUCUGUGCUCCUCCAAGUUUCGCCCGGGCCCGCCGAGCGAGCAGGCGCAGGUGCUCUCGAAAUCGAUAGACAUCAUUUUGAACAAUUCGGCGGCGCUCAACCUGCAAGACCUCUGCAUCUGCAGAGGUAAAUUGGUGUGGGUCUUGUACUGCGACCUCCUGUGUCUGAAUUACAAUGGGUCGGUCAUAGACGCUUGCACCGGAGCACUGAUGGCGGCACUCAAAACGCUGACCCUGCCCGAGGUAAAUUACAACAAGGAGACCGACGUGACUGUCGUACACCCGAAAAAUAGGAAGACGUUUACCGUAAGGACCUUACCGGUUUCCACAUCGUUUGCGGUAUUUGAUAAACAACUGUUGAUAGUUGAUCCCACGGACGACGAGGAGGACUUGUCGUUGGGAAGAUUCUCUAUCGUGAUGGACGACGAAGAAGAGCUCUGCUACGUACAUAAGCCUGGUGGAAUUUCAAUCUCUCAGAGUCUACUUUCCAAAGGAUUGGAAAUGGCGAAAGCGAGAGCGAAGCUGGUCAGAUCGGUAAUCGACGCUGCCAUCUCGACGCUGAAUGUAAAUAAUAUAAUAUAAAUAAAUACUCGACUAUUUGUUAACUAGCUCACUUCUUACAUUAGAUAAGUAAACGGAAUAUGAUAAAAUA